AUGGCGUCACCUUCACCUGAUGCUGUACUCCAUCUAGCUGCUUUACAUACGUUAUCACAAACUGGUUUCGCCUCCACUUCCAAAGCAGCUUCAUUGACACUUUCAACGGCAUUGGCGAAAUAUCUCAAAGUGGUAGCUAAUGCAUGUGUCGAAAGAGCAAGUCUGGCAGGAAGAGGAAAAGUAGCAGCUAUAGAUGUAGUUGAUGCGUUGGAUGAUUUAGGUGUUAGGAUAGGUGAAUUGAUUGAUUACGCAGGUGAUCAGACGAAUGAUUAUUUCGAUAAUAGAGAUGAUUUGGGUAAUUUACAAGAUUAUACCCUUGGUGGGUUGAAUGCCGAAAAUGGUAUAGCUCAUCUCAGAUUGGUGCCCGAGGAUGAACUUGAAUUCGCAUCUGAUCUCUCGAGAUCAGAUGAGUCCAUGGAUGAGGAUGUGGAUGUGGACGAAGGUAUGGAUGAGGACGAAGGACGGGAUGUGCAGGUCAAAGCUGAGCUCAAACAAGAACACGAAGAAGAGAUUGAAUGGAAACCAUAUAUUUAUCGACAUAAAUCACCUGAUUUGUCGUGGCUUCCACCUUUACCUUCUCAUUCUCAAUCUCAGACGACGACGACGAAGACGACGUUCCCUCAAAAUACACAAUCAACCUUAGCAUCUGAUGAAGUCAAUCAAAGUACUGAACCGACAAUAUCAGCUUUACCGACAACUUUUCAAUCUAUAGCUGAUCGAUAUAGGAAACCAAUUCCGUAUUCAUCCUCACAAUUAUCACAAUCACAUCCAUUCCAUAGUCCACCUCAACCAAUCCAUCAACCCAUCUUACCUACGCCACCCAGUUCUUUACCAAGUUUAAUUUCGACCUAUAGUCUAAUAGCUUCUGAUCCUUCGAUAGCUUUGCGUCAAAGUGAUAUAAGACGGCAAGCGACUGAAUUACUUCGUCAAUCCAUUUUAACCGUUGAUUCAUUUUCACCGAUAUCGACUUUAUCCUCUUCGGCCACGGGUACAUCAAUUCCACCAGUCAAAUCAAGUUCAAUAGUUCCCUCACACUCAGAUGUUUUACCUUUAAAACUACUUCCUGUCAAUCCCAAAUCAUCAAAUGGUUUAUUAUCAAAUCUAGUCAAUCAAAUCAAUUCUCCAAAUCUACCUUCUACGUUGAAAGAAAGAUUAACUUCUUUAAGACCACCCGUCGUUCAGAAUAGAUCGUCUCCUUCUUCUACAACGGAUCAACCUAUAUUCUAUAAUGAUCCAGUAAGAGGUCCAGAUGAACUAUCCCUGAAUAAAUUCAAAGGUAAACAACAGCACUCGAAUUCGAAUGAUGAAGAUCCAGAAAGCGGAUUGAAAGAAAUUUAUCUAUCACAAACUUGGGAUUCAGGUCCCAGAGGUAUGGAAAAAUGGUCAAAGCCAAAUUUACCAAAAGGUAAAAAAAUAAUCAUCUCAAAAGAAGGCGAAAAGAAACCUAGAAUGAAUCAAGAAGAUCUAAAGAAACGAGAAGAAGAAGAAAAGCGAUUGGAAGAAAAUCAAAGGCUUAAAUUGAGAUUACCAACUUUCAGUAAUAAUGGUAUUGCUACAUCUCCGAACACAAUUGAAUCAUCAUCAAUUCCUGGAUUAACAUCUCCCACUCCCAUCAUUAACGGAGGGCCCAAAAGUCCUGCAUCGAAUUCCGCUCCCGUCACCAAACCAGAUAGUGUAAAUGGUGUUACGGGAUCUCAUUCUCAACAGACACCAACACCAGGACCAGCACCAGGACCAGCACCAGCACCAGCACCAGGGUUGAAAAUCAAGUUCGGUGGUCAGAAAUUAUCUAUUUCACCUAGUCCACUGACUACACCAAUCAACGAAACACCACCUGUGAACACGAUUCGUAUCGGUUCACUCAACGGCAAUGAAGGCAUCAGAGUGAAAAGGGAAGCAGAUUGA